CAGGAUGAGUGGAACAAACGAGUGUCGAGUUUUCGAUCCGCAUUUCAAAAGAACGCCAGAGACAUCAGAGAGGACAUUGGUCACAAUAUUUCGGACAUGUUGUUAUCAUGUGCAUUCGAUGGAAAAGAAUGUUACACUCGAGUAAAUUUUUUAAAUGUACAUUUCAGAAACUUUACCCUUUUCCAGUCUUUGGAAUAUGGCAACUGUUACACCAUUGAAAGCAGUUCCUUCGUCACGAAGCAAUCUGGACCGCUUCUUGGAUUAAGACUGACAUUAAAUAUUGAGACUUCAGAGUAUAUUGACAACUACAUGGACGCUCAUGGCGUAAGGCUGGUAAUUCACGAACCUGGAACUCUUCCAUUUCCAGAGGAUGAAGGCUUCACCCUCAACCCUUCAUAUGAAACAACAAUAGGAAUGAGAAUGCUAUCGAUCCAUCGGGCAUCACAGCCACAUGGUAAUUGUGACAAUGGUGAAGACUUUAUGAGGCUGUUUGGAAUUCGAUAUACAAUUCCGUCCUGUUUGAAACUCUGCAAGCAAAGGGAGAUAAUGGAGAGGUGUUCUUGUUUACCGUCUACGUCCUAUGUGAAUGUCGGGAACUAUGAUGGUUACAAGCCCUGUUCACUACACCAUGUGGAUGUUGACUGUGAAAAAUUUGUCAACUACCAGAUUGAAAACCAGCUUAUUACCUGCAACUGUCUCAGUCCAUGCAAGCAAGUUCUAAAUUAA